UAUGCCUAAGCAAACUCGAUUGUGGCAUUGAAUCGGAAUCGCGCUAUUUUAGUAAUACGUGUUGUGUUUAGAAGUGUGGUGGGUGAAAUAAUUUUUAUCAACAUUUCCAAAUGAAUACAUAUAUAUGGCGUGGAGGAUUCUUCAAUUCGGCGCUCUGUUUGCAAUAGGAUAUACUUUGGAGUCUAAUUCAGAUUCAGCGUUUGGCAGUGCAGCAUUCGAAACACCGAAUAUAGAACUCUCCUUGAAAUUAACUGACCCUCAGGAUGUGAUUGUUCAGAAGGAGCAAAGUGCACUUUUCAGGUGCCAAGUGGAAUCUCGUAAGGGUCCAGUACAGAUAACUUGGUUUCACAAUGACGAAAAAAUUGUAGAAGACUCGAAUUGGAUAAUCCGUGAUAAUGGAAACUUGUACAUACCGAAAGUUACGACUGGCAAAAGUUCGAAUGAUAUUCUGGGGGAAUAUCAAUGUUUGGCCAGAAAUAGAGUCGGAGCCUUACUUUCUAAUGUGGCCAAGUUGAAAGUAGCCACAAUGGAAAAAGAGUUUUCGACCAACCCUGUUAACUCUACUGUUUAUCUUUCUCAACCUAUAAUACUCCGUUGUGGUAUUCACUCUACACCUCCCGCUGAUAUUCAGUGGGAAUUUAAUAAUGAUCCAAUACUACCUCACCAAACAAGUUAUGUUCCUCUGCCCAAUGGGGUCCUGUUAAUACAAAACUCACAAAGUUCUCAUAGUGGAACUUUUAGGUGUAAAGCAACACACAAUUUACUUAAUAAAAUUAAAUAUAGUAAAAUAGCAUAUAUGACAGUGUUGUCUGAGUUACCUAAGGCAACAGUACCUUCAUUUCUACCUCUCGAUGUUUCAUCAAACAUCACAGUUAUGUCUGGUGAAAAACUCACUUUAUAUUGUCCUGUGAUGGGUUGGCCUAUACCUACAGUACAAUGGCUUAAUAAUGACAUAGUCAUAGGUAAUAAUUCCGUUUUGGAAGUACCUGAUAUUAAAACGAACGACGCAGGCAACUAUAUCUGCACAGCUUACAAUAACGAGGGCCGAAUCAGCCAAAACUUUAACGUCAUCGUACGGCAAAAACCGGUUUUUACUGUAAAACCUAAUUCUAAAUCCUAUCCUGCCGCUAUUACAGCUAGACUCGAUUGCCGAGCUACGGGAGCACCUGAACCUAGAAUAUUUUGGUUGAAAGAUGGCAAACCUCUAAAGUUUGAUUCCAGAGUCAGGAAGCAGACAAAUGGUGUUAUUUUUAGUCACACGAUUACUAAUGAUUCAGGUAUGUACCAAUGCGUUGCAGUGAAUUUGGUUGGCAGAGUUUGGACAGCGGUACAAAUUGAUAUUAUAAAUAUUUCUCAAACUCCCAAACCACCACAGAAUCUCAAAUGCAGGCCAUACAAUUCAUCCACCAUUUGUCUCAGUUGGAAGUCUCCUAUAAAUGUUAGCGUGACAGGUUACAGUGUACAUUCAUUCUAUAAUGAUAGUGGAACAGAGUCGGUAGGGCCUGAUUAUGCGAUCAAUGUAACUUCUAUGGAUGCUGGUGGUCUAGCACGAAAUACGGAGUAUACUUUUUAUGUUAGAUUAUAUUCGACAGGUGCUAGUGAUCCAUCUGAAAAAGUUACAUGCAGAACUGGUAUUAAUGGUAAUCGAAACUUGCACAUAGAGAGAUAUAAUGACAGCUCGGUAAUUUUAAAAUGGUCAGAAAUUAGUACAGAUCUUUCUUGUAAUGGAGAAAAAUAUCCCUAUAAAGUUCAAUGGAAAGCUGACUGGCAAAUACAAACUUCUCAGACUAGGAAACGCUCUUUUGUUCUCACUGGAUUGGGACCAGGACUAGAAUACAACUUUCGGGUUGUCUCUUCUAAUAAAGACGACAAAGAAGUAGGAGUUUGGAAAUCCUACUUCGUUCCAGAUCUGCCGACUAAUUCAACCAUCAACGAUACGGAAAACAACACUGCAAGUGAAGCAGCACCUCGUCCUCCAUUACACGUAAAUGCGAUGGCAGUUUCUCCAUUUGUUGUUAAAGUGAAUUGGGCUAACGUCGAUAAGAGCGCUAAGUUUUUUACGAUCUGUUAUCGUAUCGAUCAGGAAAAGAAUAGUUGUGAAGAUGGAAAAUUUGUGAACAGCACCACAAAUAAAAUUCGGAUAAAGAAGCUCAAACCUAAUACAAUGUAUGAAUUCAAAGUAAGAGCUCAUAACUCUGAUGGGGCUUCCGGAAAUUUUUCAAAGCCGGUGUAUGCAGUGACGUUGGCAGAUGUUCCCUCCGCUGUCACAGACUUAAAGUACAAAGUGAUUAACGCGAGCACGGUGUAUCUACAUUGGCACAAACCAAAAGAAAUGGGCACCAACAAAAUACAGAAAUACAUUAUUUCCUACACUCCUGACAUAAAUUGGCCGUUGGAAAAAUGGCCGAACGCUACAGUUUAUGCUAAAGGCGAUGGUCUCUUUGAAGAAAGUAUGGUAUUGGGGAAUUUAAAUUUCACAACGCACUAUAAGAUUUUGGUUAUGGCGGUAUCAGAUAUUGGUGUUGGUAAGCCUGCAACACUGGAUGUGACGACCAAAAUUCAAGAUGCAGAAGCUGAAAUCUCGACCACUGAUGUCAAAUAUAAUCAGAAAGUUGGUUUUAUUGUUGGAACAAUAAUAGCUCUCUUAUGCAUAAUCUGCUGUAUAUCAUGCAUCUUGUUGAGAAGAAAAUGCGUUAAAAGAAGAGCUCUGGCAAGAUCCAGAAUGGCCAGUUCGAAUAACUAUUAUCCGGCUGUCGCACAUUAUGCCUCCCAAGUGGGAGCUGUGCAGGUUCGUUUGGAGGAAACUUGCGAAGCAGAUGAACAAGAAAGUCAAUUUUUAGUAACUGACGGAAUAGCCACUAAUAUUCCUUCUGUGCAGACCGAUCAUAUUGAUUCCAAGGGUGGAGAAGAAUUUCCAAAUGGACAUACAAACGGGACUGCUAAACCUUAUAUGAAUGGACACGUCCAUAUUACAGAAAAUCCACAGUACUAUGCAUUCAACUGCAAUGGUCAAAAAUCCAAAAAUCCUGAGAAAUUAGCUUCUCUCCGGUUUGAAGAAGAUUCCAACUCCAACGUCAAACCGUCAAAAUUCUACGAUCUACACAAACUAUUCGAGAACUCCAAAAAAUUAAAAUCUUCAAGCCAUCAUCGUUGUAAUCCACAUUUUGGCCAAAAUGAAGAGAUGCGCAACUCUUGCGACGAAGUACAUUCUUCAGAAUCGUCGAGAGAUGUUUCUCUUAACGGCACCCAAACCACUUGUCUAAAUGAGAGUUUGAACAUAACCGAUAAAAAUAGGAGACAGUCUCCCAUUUUGGGUCCUAAUGGAUAACGAUUACAAUAGUAUGAACGUUUAGGAGAAUUUUUUAAGUUUGAGAAAUUUUAAGACCAAUUUUUUCGGUUUCAAGGGCAGUUGACGGAAAAGUUAAUAUCUCAAUAGUAUUUAUUUUCUUGUUUAUAUAAAUACCAAAUUGUAGAAAUUUUUAUAUAUAUUCGAAAAUACUUAUGAAAUAUUAUUUAAUACAAUUAAUUUAACUAAAAAAUUGGAUUUUUAUAUCCUACUUUUCAAAUUAAUUUGUUUGGGUGUUUUUUUUUUAUAUUUCUGAUAUACUUUUUCCGUAACUACCUUGUUGCCUUUUUUAUAACGUAAAUCCAAAGUAAGAAAACAGCUUUAUGAGAAGAAGUAAUAAUCGAUAUGGACUGAUUUUUUUAUUAUGGAUAUUAUCUGAAAAUUUUUCUCGGCAAUAUUCUGGAGUCUUGAAUUACAACGAAUAUUUUGUUUUUUGUAUAUAUAAUUAUAUUGCUCAAUAUAAAAUAACCAUAUUUUAGUAAAUUUAUCACUCUUAGAACUGGGCAAACCAUAUAUAAUUCAAGCCACAAAAUGGUUCAUUAAAUUUACACAUUAAAUAAGUGAAUAUUAGUCAUAUUUAAUUCACAUUUGAAUUUGACUCGUUGUUUUUACAAAAUAGUAUAUGAUAAUUUUUUUUAAAAAUAGGAAUUUUUUAACCUUGUCUGCUUUCUAUCGUUAGUGAAAAUUUUACCACUGUGAAUAUUCCUAUUAGAAAAAUUUUGUGUUCGAAAAUAUUUGGUAAUAAUGAAUGAAAUACUCCUUUUUACGGGUUUCUUUCUUUUAUUUGGUUUAUGAUAUUUUAUAAAUCCUAUUAUUUUUCAUAUGUAAAUCAUAAACCAAAAAAAUCUCAUGUAUUUUAGUAUUCACUUUAAAUAAUGUCCAUUUUCUGAUGGUCUUAACAAAACUAAAAUCUUUCUUAUGGGAACAAGCAAAUAUUUUAAAUUAAUAAUAAGUUCACUUCUUGAAUAAUGUGUAAAGAAGUUAGCGUGCAUAGAAAGGAUCAAAAUAACAUAAUAGUUCUUAUAAAAAUAUUUACUAAAUCACAUAAUUUCAAAAAUAAUGGGUCCUAAAAAUUGGACUGCAAAAGUGGUUUUUUUAUUUUAAAACAAUAUUCAAUACUAUAUUGUCUGAUUUAAACUAAUUUUUUCUUAGAGGAAGUUACACAGGAAAUUAUCACUCAGAGAUGUGACAAUGGUACUGCCAUAACAAUAUUUUUUGUAUUGUUGUAAGCAGCUACGAUGAGGUACAGCAACGCAUUUACAACCUUACUGGGCCUAUCUGUCAAGCAGUUGAUUGGUCACACCAACUGAUGUUCAUAACACAUUGGCUGAGUUGGUGAUAACGAAAUUGAUAACGAAACGCAACUUCAUUAUAGCUGGCGAGUACAAAACUUCAACUGUCUACCUAAAAGUCAUAAUCAUUGCAUUAACUGCAAUACAUGUAAAAGCGAUUGGUUCUAUAUUAAUUCUAAAAUAUGACAUUCAGUGUAAUUUACUGAAGGCGAUACUAGUUGGAGAUUCUAAGGAUGUUAUCAAUUUUAUUAGAAUCAAUUACUCAUAUUUUCUGAUAAAAUGAACAAGAUGUUGCCAACGAAAUUUAACUUACGCCAUUUUUAUUUUCAAAACAAGCAAUAUUACUAUCUUAAAUGCUGUCACGACAACUUUCAAGACAGUCAAUGAGACAGACCAACGAUUGUUCAAGGAAUAUCAGCGUUCACUGUUCACACAUAACAGUUUACAACUGCUGCAUUUGAAAAGUACCUCCUGGAGCGAAGCUGAGUCAGUAAAUAAAAGAACAGCUUUACUUAGAUUGGUUUUGAUUCGAUAGUUACCAUCAAAAUAAGCAUAACUUUUAAUAGUUUUAAUUUAUACCAUAUAAAAUAAAUCACAUUAUCUUCAUUUUUUUGUGACAUUUUUAAAAUAUAUUAAUAUAUUGUUCUUGGUUUUGUAAUGGUUUUCAAUUAACUUAUUUUCUUUCCCUUUGUUAUUUGCCACAAUGUAACAUUUACUUCUAAAGCAAUAGAUUUGAAAACAGAGUAAAUAGAUAUUACUCAAUUUACUCGCUCUGCGUUAAAAGACCACGGAUAAGAUCCCAUAGAGAGGUAGUAGAUGUAUUAAAAGAACGGAAUCGAGUAAAAAGAGCAGAACGAGGUACUUUUCAAACGUAGCAUCUUAUGUCUGUGACAGUCUAAAGGCCAUAUUAGUAAAAAGACUUUCCUGACAGUCAGGAAUGUCAUUUUUUGUCGUUACAUUUAUAACAAUUUAAAUGGCAUUUUUUUAUAGCAAAAAUGUACUCUUCCUUGUAAUCGAUAACAUUGUUUUCAAGAAAAAAAUGAAAUUUAUUGAGUAUUUCAAAAUUUCGUUUCUUAUUUUUAUACUAAUACUCUCCUUAUAAUUCCUUACGAGUGAAGCUUGUGCGAGAAGGGACGGUUAUUAUUAUUAUUAUUUGCCGUGGCGACUUACAGAUGAUUGAUGGUGCCAUUUGACUUACAGGUUAGGAAAAUCCCACCCAUCAUCAUCAAAAGGAACACCCACUGUGAUUUUUAAUCUGAAUGUCAUAUCAACAGAAAUUACAUUGCUGCUAUUAAAUCACCCAUCAAAUCCUACAACAAAUCAUGCAUCUUAAAUAACAGUUCACAUGGUUUGGUUUCGCUGAACCACUAAAAGGCCAGUAAAUAAAUCCGACUACUUGACAUAUUGGGCUACUGAGACGUUAUUUAAUAAGUUAUUCACUAAUAUUAAUAUUUCCAAAAUGGUACAAAAAACAAUGUUUUAUGAACUACCAAUGUUAUUUUGACCCGUUGCAAACAAUCGUGAUUUUUUCCACUAAUUAAGGAACACCUAUAAUCAAUUAGGUUUAGUCGAGCAAAAAUCAAAAUUUUUAUGAAUAAGUUUACAGGAAACUCAAGAUUUUUGUAUAAUUUGAAAUACAUUUUUACUUACUAAAGAAAAGUACUUUCGAUAAAAUAUUUUUUUCAUAUUAAUAAUGUAAAUCCAAUGUCUUUUAAAUUGGGGUACAAUGUAGUUUUCUUUCAAUUUAAAUUGAAAAUAUACCUAAAAGUAUUUCAAAUAAUAUAAAAAAACUCGAAUAUUUUGCCCAGCUCUAAAAGUGUGUCACACCAAUUUAUAUAAUUAAAAAAUUCAUUGUUUAGAUUAAACAAAAACUUCAAUUAAUAGAACAAGAGUACAUGUUAGAUAUAAGGUUACAUAAAUUGGUGUGAGAGUAAUAAUUACGUUUCUCUAGUUAAAAAACCUGGUACCUGAAACUCCUUACAUAUAGUUAGUUUUAAGAUUAUUGUACAGUUAUAUUAACAAUUCUGUAUUAUAUACGGACAGUUGGCGUUUCGUUUGAUUUUGGCUUCAUGGACAUCACUCGUUUCGCGAAAAAUUAUUUUUAUCAUCCACUAUAUGGUAAGUUUACGAGUGAAUUUUUUUGCCAUUUUUAAAGAUUUUACUAAAUUUUACAAGAAUCUUUUACACAUAUCAAAUUUAAGAACAUUGAGAAAAUUGGACAAUUAUAUUUUUGUAUUCGCAACUUUUAUAAAUAUUACUAUUUUGUGCUCAAUAUUACCAAAAAAUAUGCAGAUAUAUGAUUUCAUCAAUCAUCGAUUGAAAAAAUUUUGAAUUACGGCGAUAUUGGAUUUACUGGCACAACUCAAUGGGAUAUUACAUUUUUAUAAUUUUUUUUGACAACCUCUUAUUUAGGCCUUUUUUUAUUCGUUUUCUCAUGUGUUCUUUUCAAUUGUUUUUGAUAUCCAAUAUUCUGAGUAUUUAUAUAAUAUUAUUUACCAUUGGAGGACAUUGUUUUUUGUUAAUGUGCAAGUCAUGUAUUUGUUGAUACUCUUUGGGCCAUUUUACGAUUUGGAAAAAAAUGCUAUGUUAUAGGAUCCUUAUCGCUAAC